GUUGAAUCAUCGUCAUCGUAUAUAAUAUUGCAUAGUGUUAAAAUUUAUUGUUUUAUGGCGUAAACACACACGUAAUCAAUUUACUUUUUAUCAUUACAUGUCGUGCUUAAUUAAUUUCAAUUCUGUAGUGUUGGCUGCAAUUAACUUUCGAUAUUAAUUGCACAAUUAGUUGCGAGCGAAAGCGAAUGACAGUAAGAUGACUGAGUUAUGGUGAGUGAGUGGGCUAACCAGAGUCGGCCUGAGAGGACACAUAAAUAGUAGUGGAAGUAAUGAUCGGUAAUGAUGCUAGAAGUCACUGUGUAACAGCAUGAUGGAAUUUCACGAUGUAUCACUUGUUGAAAACUUUUAACAAGGCGAAAAAUAAGGUGUCAACUGACCUUGGUAACAUGCUUGAGGAAUUCGUGGAUUAAUGACUGUAUUAUUAAUUUAUUGCGGGUAUAAUGCAUUGUAGUGAAGCCUUGAACAUUCACUGGAGGGCCUCUGUAAUACAGCCAAUCUGGCUGUUAGCACUGCUAUGCAUUCAUGCAUUUCCAAGCCUUGAAGUUGCCACCAAUCUGAUGGGAAAGCCUGGCGAGGGUUACUACAUUGAAGUAGAAAUUGGAUCACCACCUCAAACUUUCAAUGUCCUUGUGGAUACAGGUAGCACAAAUUUUGCCAUUGCUGGAGCACUUGAUCCAAAUGUGGAAACAUAUUUCAUCAGUUUAAAUUCCAGUACAUACACAUCGCACCAGAAGAAGGUCUCUGUCUUGUACACGCAGGGUUUCUGGGAUGGAGAGUUGGGAAAUGAUAUGGUGUACUUCCCGUCCCUGCUUGCUCCACAAGUGAGAUGUGACAUUGCUGUUAUAAAAACAUCCCACAACUUCUACAUGAAUGGUUCCCAGUGGCAGGGUAUUUUGGGGUUAGCAUACCCUGUGAUUGCACGACCUGAUCACGGUGUUGUGUCAUGGCUUCAGGCAAUCCAGCAUUUGAAGAACCAUCAGAGUGUUGCCUUUGCUCUAGAGCUCUGUGGGUCUCAGGAUGGAGGAAACAGACAGACGGGAUUGUUUGAGAUAUUAGAAACUGGGAUAGAAAGAACAGAGCUGUGGACGUCACCCAUCGUGAGAGAGUGGUUUUAUGAACUGUUAUUGCUUGGAAUCAGCAUUGGUAACCAGACAAUUGACCUUCCUUGCCGCAAGUUCAAUACAGACAAGACAAUUCUAGACAGUGGCACUACUAGCCUCAUGUUACCAACUGAGGUAUUCAGCAUGGUGGUGAAGCUGUUAAACUCUUCCCUUAUGGAUCUGAGUGUGCCUAUUUCCAGUGACUUUUUGGUUCUCCAGAAAAUGUACUGCUGGAAUGAUCCGGUGGACUGGGCUCACUUCCCCAACAUAAGCCUUUCCUUAGCUCAUUUUGACAACUCAUACAUUGUUCUGGAGCUGUCUCCCCAGUCUUACAUAAGGAAGGUAUCCGAUGACUCAGAGCUGCCUGGAGCACAGCACUGCUACAAGUUUUUCAUCGAGUCUUCGAAAACAGGAACAGUGCUAGGUGUCGUUGUGAUGGAAGGUUUCCGCAUAGUCUUCAACCAAAGCGGAAAAACCAUAGGGUUUGCAGAGUCUAUAUGUGGACCUGCAGUGAGCCUGUCGGGGCCAUUUGAAACAGAAACAGAUAUAAAGAGCUGUAUGAAUCCAACACCUCUUCCAAGUGUGAGUCCUUUAACUGUGGCUGCAUAUGUCAUAGCAGCACUGACAAGCAUGUAUGGUGUUCUGAUGGGGUACGUCACAUGCCACUGGUUGUGGGAGACGUACGUCAAGCACAAGUUGCCUCGAAGCUCUAGUGAGACCAGCAUCUUGAACAGCAACUGACGACCAUCUGUGAUGUGUACAUAAAAUGCUUCUUAGCAGAUUUCAUUUUCAACUUUUCUGAGGGUGUCCAUUAUACUUUCAUCUGCAUCAUGGAUCUUCAGCUACUUAGGAAUAUUGCCAGUGACCUCCACUACUGCUGCAGAUGUAUUAUGCUGUUAUUAUCAUCUUCAUUGUCACCAGACAAAUAUAACAGCAAGACAUGAGCCAGUGGCAACAUAACACCCUGAAGAUAAUCAGCCUACAAGUAUGAAAUUAUCAGUACAAGAUUGAGGUCUUAGAAAAUGUCUACAAAUACAAAUUAAAGGACAAUUUAACUAUAUUUUUAUGAUAUUUUUAAUGGGAUCAGUAAAACUUGAUGUACAAUCAUAAUAAACAUAAUACAAGUGCUUGUAAAAUCAGUUUUACUGUAUUUUUAUUCAUAUUGUCAUAAAUAUAUGUAAGAACUUAGUGAUGUUGCCAGUUUCAUCGGUAUGUUGCUUUAUAUUGUGUUAAACACUAAAUGACCACUUAACUGAAAUUUUGUAUGAAGUAUUACUGAACUCAGACUAGAAGAUGUUCUUAAUUGUUACCCAGUUCUGUUGUAGGUGAGUGAAAUGCUUUUGAGAUUUUGCAAGAACAAUCUUUAACUAUGUAUUGCUCUUCCUUGCAGCUUGCAUUUCUUAUUAAACUGCUGUUUGGUUUGAUUGUUGCCAGAUGUUCCUGGUAAUGUAAAAGUCUGGAUGUGGUUUUGUAUUUAUUUUAAUAAGCCUCUGACAGAAGAGAAGCUUGAGUUAGUUACAGAUUAAUAAUAUAAUUUUCUCACUUUGCUUCCCACCAUGUGAUAAAAAAUAAUUUUGCCCCCCACCCCCUUUUUUUUGUUCCAGUUCUAGUUUCUUGUCAAGGACAUGAACACCCAAAGAUAAACUUGCCAAUAAGUAUGGUAGCCAUACUGUUAGCUGUUAAGAGCAAAUUUUGUGGUAGAGUUUUUUAAUUAAAUUCUCUUUCUCAAUAUUUUUAUAAUUACAUGAAUAAACGUUAAUUCCUAAUUUUAGUGUUAUUCCUUAUUUGAAGUUUUAGCUACUACAGGUGAGCUGACCAAAGAGUACUUGUGGGCAGUCAGGAUAAGGGUGGCUAUGAGAUGAUACCCUGGUCCACAUUUUACUAUCCUAGUCUACCUGGUGACUCCUCUUUUCUAAUGCUGGUGUAGAAUCAGUAGUCCGGCCAAUAGGAAUGGAAGAGUUGGGAGUUAAGUAAGGGGAGCAUAGGAAGAGAAGGCAGAUGGAGUGGGAGAUGAUCCAUGAUAAUUUUUUGCCUGGCUCCGCUAUAUAUGGUGAUAAUUACAAGGAAAGCAGCCAUAUUCUGCCAAGGAAUGGAUAAUUCAAGUGGGGAAUAAACUCUGAUCAGACAGUAUUGCCUCACAGAUUAUGUCAUCUUCAUAUUAUAUAAAAUAAACACAAAAAUAAUUAUAUAUAAAUUAUUUCUUGAUGAUAGAGUUUUCCAGUUACUUUUUGAUGAGAAUCAAUUGAGACUGUAGCAGCCAUGACUCUCACUGGACACCUCUGAAAAGAAUUGAAACCAGGUCCAUUGAAAGUACAGUGAACAGUGAAAUGAGGAUAUAACAUAUCUUUAUGGGUUGUGACUGUUGCACUUGUUCUGUGUCUGUAUAUACUAGGGGGUCCACUUCGUGUAUUGACAAUCAAGUCAUCAUCAUCGUCCUUUAGCUCCCACUGGGGCACAGGGCAUUAACAAAGUGUUGCCACCUCACAGGGUUCUUGCUGAGUUGUUUAAUUUCUCCCUAUGUCUUCCCAACAGCCAAGGCUUCCUCUCAUACUGUUCUCUUUGGCCUUCCUCUUUUCCUUUGUCCUUGUGGGUUCCACUCCAAAGCCUGCUUCUCAACUGCAUUUUCCUUUCAAAGAGUAUGGCCAAUCCAGUUCCAUUUACGUCUGGUUAUCUGUUCAGUUAUUUUUUUUUUCAUUUGUCUGUUUCCAUAGUGCGUCAUUUGUUAUUAUAACUGGCCAUUUCAACUGUACUAUACUACGGAGGCACUGAUUUACAAAACUUUGUAAUUUUCUACUUAUUUCCUGGGUGACUUGCCACAUCACACAUCCAUAUAAUAAAACUGAUUUUACAUUAGAGUUGAAAAUUCUUAGUUUUGUUCUUAAUGCAAUAGCACUUGAUUUUCAAAUUUUCUGUAGUUUAUUAAAAGCCCCAUUUGCUUUAGAUAUUUUAUUUCUUACAUCUUCGAUACUAUCAGCCUCCUUUAUAACAAUACUACCAAGACAAGGGAAUUAUCAACAUUUUGUAUUUCUUUUCCAUAUAGAGUAAAAGUAUUUUUAUUAUUU